AUGACGACACCCAACGCCAUGAAGCUCAACGAGCACAAUUACUGUGAUUGGAAUACAUACUUCCAAGGCCGCCUCAUGGCCAAAGGGAUCCUUGACCAAUUCACGGUACGCCCGACGAACCCGCCCGACCUUGACGACCAAAAGGCUUUUGGAAUUCUCAUCGAGACGAUCGAGGCAGGGCAGUACCGUCACGUGGAAGGCGCGGCCAACGUCAAGACGGAGUACGAGGCCCUGGCCAUCCACCACCGACCUACAACAAAGAUCCAUCGGAUCCAAGUCGCCAUGGAAUGGGCGCGGUUGUCAUGGGAUAUGCGCCAAGAAACCUUACCAUACUUCAUCCAUCGCUUCCAAACGCUGGUCAAGCGUCGUCAUGAAGUCGGCGCGCCGCUAUUCACCCCAUCUCCACCCCCGCUACAGCGGUACCAUCGAACCAAGAUGAGUUCGAUCGCGUCUAAUUCGAGAAGCCAGAAGAAUACGUCGACCGUGCCUGGCACCCAUCGAUACGACCCCGACGUAUAG